AUGACUAAGUUUCCAAGUGUUCAAGUUGUUGUUCCCGUUGAAAUCAGGCCUUUCAGGGAUAUAACUUCAACAUUUACAACACGAAGUUCACAAAGACAAGAAACGGAGCAACAACCAAAUCUUGCUAAACCAGUAAGAAGAAGUUUAUCCAAGGACUUAAACGUCUCGGCACAAAUUGAUUCAACCGAAAUAUAUAGAAUAGUAGAGGAGAGAAUAACUGACAAAGCUGAAAAUAAUUAUAAAAAUGGAGAGGUUGAGGUAUAUGUGCAUUACCCGAGUGGAACAAAGACAGCCCUUAUUACAUCAGAAGUUCAAAAAACUAUUUGCAAAGUAAUAGUGAGAGGGAAUAAUGCUGAAAGGACCAUUGUAAAUAACCUCUGCUCAUCUCAUCCGGAAGUGGUUACAGAUGAAGUCGCAAAAAUAGUUACGAAAGAGGCACAUGCUCUUUGUAAGAGGGGUUCAGGGUCUAUUCUUCAAAGUAAAGACUUUCAAGAUAUCUUUCAGUUUAAGUGGGAGAGAUUGAAAGAAGAACUUAAAAUAAGGUGUCCUACAAUUCUUGCAUUACUAUCUGCUGUGGUUAGUGAUAAGGAGCUCUCCAGUGACAGCAAAGGAUUCAUCCACAUCAUGGUAUCUGUUGCCAUUGCACUGCAUGGAAGAAAUCAGGAAAUGUCUCUUUUCCAGUAUAUGAUAGCACUUGUGUUAACUCAUGGUGGAUGCAUCCAGAGGGAUAUUGAACGAUUGUCAAAUAUUGGAUUAUGUGUUCAUCCCAAGUCCAUCCAUAGGAAGUUAAAAACUUGGAAGGACUUAGUAGAUUUAAAAGUGAAAGAAUUGCGAGACUCUUGGGUGGAUAGCGGGAAUGUGAAAUACCAAUUAGUGGGGGACAACUGGGAUAAGAAUGUAUUACCAUCGUACAGGACCUCAGACAGAGGAACUCUGUCCUACCAUCUCUUCAAUAUCAUUGUGGUACAAGAUAGAGUCCCAUCUUUACCAGAACUUCAGAAAACAGAGGAAAGAGUCUUGACACAAGCUGGUGAAUUUCUGCCCUCGGUUGAUGACCAAAAACAAUUGAUGAAAGAAUUGACAUUCUUAUUUUCAACGUCCAUCAUUGAGCAUAAUCCUCAGCUUCAAAGAUUAUUUAACUCUAUUUAUCCAACGCAUUUGGAUCAUCAAUACAGUCAUUUUUCUGGAAUUAAGACAUUCCAAUACCCACUUGGAUUAUUUGAUUGUAAUGAAAACAAGACCCAAGAACUCAUUGCUCUUCUUAAGAAACUUUCUAAUGACUACAUACCAUACAAGGAUGGAAACAUUGUUGAGCCAGUGUUUUUUGGGGGAGACAGACUAACAGCCCAAUCAGCCCAAAAUGCCAUGAAAAAUGGUGGUACAACAAAAGAAAAGUUAGAAGGAUUUAUUUCCAAGAUAGAAGACUUCCAUAGAUUGAUGAAUUUCCUGGAGGCCAUAGCUAAGCUGACUUUUAACACAAACAGUGGAAAAGAUGCUGGAACCAUCUAUUACUACAGAAAUCUGCUGAACCGUAGAGAUGUGAAAGGUGAAGUUAAGAACUCGUAUCGCCCUUAUAAGAUCCUUUUCUACACUGUAUUUGAUGCCAUUUGUCAGCUGCUUUUGCUUCAUCAUUUUGACCUGACUGAUGUUGAUUCUAACAUCCCAUUUCCUGCGGAAUUCCUGGAGUUUUCAGACAAAGAGAAAGUGGAAUGGUUGAACCAGGUGUCAUGUGAAAUUUUACAGACAUGGUUCUUUGAAAAUCAGGAUGACAUUUGUAAGGAGUUGAGGGAAGUCUUGGAUGAUCCACAACACUCGGAAAACUAUUGGUUGUCUGAAAUGCUAGAAAAUGAACGCUUGAAAUGUCACUUUUGUGAAGCAACAUAUGCAUGUGUGGGUUCUCUCCAAUGCCAUGAACAGAAGAAGCACAAUGUUCAAAUCCCUACAAAAAAGCCAAGAUCUAAAGUGAAGAACAGUGAUCAGCUCCAGGAUUACAUUGUCAUGUUAUUCAAACUUGUCAUUCUUCACAAGAACUUGGACACGGCUGUAGACAUGGGAGAUGGCGAGCGUUCCGUCAGGUCAGCCAAAUAUGAAUUGCCUCUUUACAACAAGACAAACAAAGUAAAAUACCUGAUAGGUUCUGUUCAUCUUACGGCUUUAACAUCAAAUAAUGGAAUUCUCUCAGAAGAACAAAAACAAAGACUAGUUACCAACAGAUUUGUUAAUGUUCAAGGUGGAAAAAAUAACAACAUUGCCCUUGAUGAGUACCUUGAAAUGUUGAAUCGUGAUAGUAAAGUAAUUUGCACAGGAAAUCAGACAAAGGACAGCAUCAUUCUUCAUUCCAAGGAAUAUCCACAUUUAGUAGAAUUUGUGAAACAUUUUGAUGAAAUUGCAAAUGUUCGUGAGAAGAAGGGUUUCCAUCAUCUACCUUCCUACCAGAGUGAUGUCAAAAAAGUCUUGCAAGAUUUAAUGCAAAAUGAUAUUCUUGCCUAUGACCCAAACAGGAAACUUCACUGUCAAAAAUUUGUCAUUGACAGAAAUCCAUUUGUGAACUCAUUUAAGAAACUCCCGUUAAUGAUUUAUCGGCAUAGACCAACUUCACCAUUUUGUCGACUCAGGAAUAAGUAAGCAUUCAUAUUGUAAAUUAAUGCACAUAAUAAACAUUUGCAUGGGAAAGUUGUAUAAAAUUUUCAAGAAAUUCAAGCAAGUGUAUGUCUAUUUUGCCUAUUGUGCUAUUGCUAUUGUGCAUUGUAUAUGGUCCGUGGUCUUUGGGAAGUUAGGAUGUUAUUGCACCACGCUCAUAGUUUUUCAGCAACUAUAAUCUUGAUUUGUUAGGUCUUAUUUUGUGAAUGAACUUUUCAUAGAAGAUUGUACCAGAACAUGUUUAGCAAAUAGGUCCUUGGUUUAUUAGGUCUUCCAGUGUACUGUGUGUUUGAAAUUGAUGCUUAAGCCUCUGAAUGACUUGAUUUGGACCAAUUCUAUAGUUCACAACUACUACUGAGAUAUUUAAUUAUACAUGUUUAUUUGAACUUCAAUAUAUUGAAUAAAUCGUGUGUACUGGAUAGUCACUUUAAUGUAUUAAAAUGAUGUAAAUGUCAAUAAAACAAUUACCAGGUAUGCUUUUUUCAGGAUGACACGAGAUGAAAAGUUCAAUGUCUGACAAAAAAAGUCACAGUUUUAAUCAAGGUCCCACACCCCUUAAAGUAUAUUAAUAAUAUACAUACUUAAUAUAAUUCUA